GCAGCGCACGCCGCACAGAGGCUCGAGCUCAACACUUUCCGCCGGGCAGGCGGGCGGGAACAACUAAAAGCCUCAAAUCAGGUGGCCACAGCGUCUCCGUCACCUAGCAACCACCCGAACUGUCACCGGCCUCACAAGCCACGCCUCUUUAUGGAAUAACAUCGUUUCACAUUGGCUAUCUCUGCACGUUCCACCAACCAAGGGAAAGAUUGUUGGAUGGUGCGGAAGCGGCACACACAGAGAGAGGAGGAGGCGGGCUGCGCUGGUGCUGCUGCUGUAUGCUCUGUAUGAAUAGAGAAUCAUGUCGGCGAGAAGGAAUAUCGGAGACCCCGAGAUUCUAAAGAAAAGAAUUCCUCAGAACCCAAAGUACCAACAUGUCAAAACCCGACUUGAUACAGGUAACAGCAUGACCAAGUAUUUGGAAAAGAUUGAAGAGAUUAAGAGAAAUUACAGGUAUAAAAAAGAUGAAAUUUUCAAGCGGAUAAAAGUUACCACCUUUGCUCAGCUGGUUCUACAAGUGGCAUCCAUAUCAGAUGAAAGUGAUGCUGAUGAAAUUACUAAUGAGGAGCUGCGGAGACUAGAAGACAGUAAUUCUGUAAUGUCAGAGACGGAUACAGAGCUUGUGACAGAGCGACCCAGUAGCAAAGAAAGCAUUUGUAGUGUCCCAUUAAGUCCAGUCGACCUAAUUGACAAUGUAGGAAUUGGGGAAUCUGUGAAUUCUGCACGAUCUACUCUGCAAAGUGUAAUUAGUGGAGUAGGAGAAUUGGACCUGGAUAAUGAUCCAAAGAAAAAAUGUGAAAAAAAAACAAGCUCAAGAUCCCUAGACAAGCCCUACGCAGACUGCCCAUUUCUUCUCCUCGAUGUCCGUGACCGCGACUGCUACGAUCAGUGCCAUAUUAUUGGAGCUUCCAACUACCCCACUGCAAUGCUCGCCAGAACCAUGAAUCCUUUCACACAGCAAAUCUUGGAUUUUAAAAAUGCACAUGGUAAAAUUAUUAUCUUGUAUGAUGAAGAUGAGCGGAUAGCAAGCCAAGCAGCCACAACCAUGUGUGAGAGAGGAUUUGAAAAUGUAUUUAUGCUUUCUGGAGGUCUGAAAGUCAUAGCUCAAAAAUUCCCAGACGGCCUUACAACUGGUUCAUUCCCAGUCACCUGUCUGCCACAGCCAGCUCAGUCCACGUCUGCCCGCAAACGAAUCACUCCAAGAGAACCCGUUGUUCCUGCCGAAAGCAGGUGUGUGUUUUCUAGCCAAGACUUGGAAAGAAUAGAGCAACACCUGGAGAAAAUGCUCAUGCCAACAGAUACUGCCAGUCGUCUCAGCCGUGUGUCUACUGGGAGAUUGGAUUCGAAAUCGGCCAACUCAAGAAACAGCCAGGUUCCAUCUUCUGCCAGUUCCCGAUCUGGCCGCAGCAUCAGCCCACAAUCCAGACCAUGGAAAUAAAUACUGAAUGCUCUCUGUAAUAAACACUCAUUCACCCCA